GAGAGCGCGAGUGAUGGUCGCACAGCGCGAGUACUGCCCUUUAACGACGACGGUACGGCGGACAUGGGCUGGAUGUCUACUAGCCGCGUGAGAGUGUAGGUUUUACUCCCAGCGGCAGUAAGCGGAAGCAGUACCGGACUCGUCUUGCUGGAUUAUUUGUGCAUCUCCACGCGACGCGGUGUUCUGCGCUGAACGUGAUGGAAUUUCGGGUUUUUGUGCGGAUUGCGUUAGUGGCGGUGGUGCACGCGGCGCGGGCCAGCUACUCAGCUGAUCAGUGCAGCUGGAGGGGAAGUGGUUUGUCCCAGAUGCAGGGUAGUGUGGAACAGGUGUGGUUGCAGUGUGCCGAAGGCUCCGUUGAUUGGCUGUACCCAGUGGGGGCGCUCCGACUCACACUUUCUCCCCGCCUACCGUGGGCGGUGCCAGGACUGGGCGGGGCCAGCGGGAGCCCCAUCUCUGCCUGUAUAAAGGCGGAGCCACAGUGGGGCGGGGCCCAACUCUACCUGGAGCGGGACGGGAUCUUGGAACUCCUGCUGAGCGACACUCCCGGCCCCGCCCGUGUGCACUGCUUCAGCGUCAUGCCAGGAGAAAAACCCGCCCUCUUUGUGCAAGCCACGCCCCACCAGGACAUCAGUCGACGCAUUGCGGCUUUCCGAUAUGAGCUGAGAGGGGAUUGGACAGUGCGGCUCUCUGGCAACUCAGUUGGUGCUGAUCUAGUCAGCAGUGAAGGAGCAUGUAGACCAUGUAAUGACGUGGAGAUGCUGAUGGCUGUGUGCACCAGCGACUUCGUGGUGAAAGGACACAUCCGUGCGGUGGAGACAGACUCUGCUCUGCAGGCGGCCGUCAUCAAAGUGACUGCUACACGCGUCUACCGGCAGAAGUUUGCUCUCUUCUCAAGGAACGGGCGCCUGACGCAUUCCGGAGAGAUCCGGACGCCACUGAGGUGUGGAGUGAGGACUGGUUCUGGCAGCUUCCUGUUCACGGGGCGAGUCCACUUUGGGGAGGCGUGGCUAGGCUGUGCACCACGGUAUAAAGACUUCCUGAAGGUAUACGAACAGGCCAAACUGAAACUGCAGAUUCCCUGUACCCUCGACACACACUGAGAGGGAGGGAGAGAGAGAGAGAGGGAGAGAGAGAGAGAGAGAGAGAGAGAGAGAGAAAGAAAGAGAGAGAGACAGAGAGAGUUUGAGAAAGCAUCGGAUGCCACUCAGACGCUCUGGAAGCGAGCGAGUGGAAGGGAGAAAAAUGUCUCAAAAUCUUCAACUGCUUCAGAAAGCAG